UCUGUAUAUCAUUGGAAGGACUCGGCAUUUUCCGCCACAUCGGGAUCACCUAGCCAAACGGUUAGCUUGCAAUGAGCUAAUGUUUGGGGGUAUUUUUUAUAUCCUUAGCGUUGUACUGGUCACGGAAGACAUAACUAUUGUAGAAAAUGGCGGAUGUCAAAGGAGAAGAAAUUAGCUCGCCUUUUCCUCCGUUGCCCCAGUCCUUCUCUCGUAACGGCUCCGGUGGAAGUACACCGGCUGGCACCGGCGACGGUCCCUGCCAGACGGCCACCACCGUCACGUCGGGCCCGCGGCUGGUCCGGAUAGUGAAGUCCGACUCGGGCUACGGCUUCAAUGUCCGCGGACAGGUCAGUGAAGGGGGACAGCUGCGGAGCAUCAACGGUGAGCUGUACGCGCCGCUGCAGCACGUCAGUGCGGUGCUACCCGGAGGGGCGGCGGACAGAGCCGGGAUCUCAAAGGGGGACAGGAUCCUGGAAGUAAAUGGGGUGAACGUGGAGGGAGCGACCCAUAAGCAGGUGGUGGACCUGAUCCGGGCCGGGGAGAAGGAGCUGGUGCUGGCGGUGCUGUCCGUCCCGCCCCAGGAAGCGGACUGCCUGGACCCCGGGGACGACGGCUCGGCCCAGUCCUGCUACGACUACUCUGACAAGCAGGCCGUGCCCAUCUCCGUGCCCACCUACAAACACACCGAGCUCAGCCAGGAGAAGUUUGUGGUGUACAGCGUGUACAUGGCCGGCCGGCAGCUGUGCUCCAAGCGCUACCGGGAAUUCUCCAUCCUGCACCAGAACCUGAAGAGAGAGUUCUCCAACUACAUGUUCCCCAAGCUGCCGGGGAAGUGGCCCUUCACCCUGUCUGAGCAGCAGCUGGACGCCCGCCGCCGGGGGCUGGAGGAGUACCUGGAGAAGGUGUGCUCCGUGCGUGUCAUCGGUGAGAGUGACAUCAUGCAAGAGUUCCUGUCAGAUUCCGAUGAGAACUACAACGGGGUGUCUGAUGUGGAGCUAAGGAUAGCCAUGCCCGAUAAGACGACAGUCACAGUCAGAGUACGCAAAAACUCCACCACAGACCACGUCUACCAGGCUGUGGUGGUGAAGGUGGGCAUGGACAGCGUGACCGCCAGCUACUUUGCCCUCUUUGAGGUCAUCAACCACACCUUCGUGAGGAAGCUGGCGCCCAAUGAGUUCCCCCACAAGCUGUACGUCCAGAACUACACGUCAGCGGUGCCCGGGACCUGCCUCACGCUGCGCAAGUGGCUGUUCACCACCCAGGAGGAGAUCCUGCUCAACGACAACCAGCUGGCCAUCCACUAUUGCUUCCACCAGGCACUAGACGACGUGAAGAAGGGCUUCAUCAAGGUGGAGCAGAAGUCCUACCAGCUGCAGAAGCUGGCGGAGCAGCAGAAGCUGGCCAUGUAUCUGAGUCUGUUGCGGGGCUGCGAGGGCUACAACGAGGUCAUCUUCCCCCACUGCUCGUGUGACUCCCGGCGCAAGGGCCAUGUGAUAACUGCCAUCAGCAUCCAGCACUUCAAGCUGCACGCAUGCACGGAGAACGGCACGCUGGAGAAUCAGGUGAUCGCCUUCGAAUGGGCCGAGAUGCAGCGCUGGGACACGGACGAGGAGGGCAUGGCCUUCUGCUUCGAGUACGCUCGCGGGGAGAAGAAGCCGCGCUGGGUCAAGAUCUUCACACCAUACUUCAACUACAUGCACGAGUGCUUCGAGAGGGUCUUCUGUGAGCUCAAGUGGAGGAGGGAGGUGGAGGAGGAGGCGACCGACAACGACAACAAGAACUGCAGCAAAGAUGGUAUGUGUGGCGAGAAUAUCUUCCAGCUGUUGAGGCACAGAAGGGAUGGAAGCACCUAGGAGGAGCUGGACUCAUCGCCUCCUAGCUCCUCCUCAGCAGCGUUCCUCAGCUCCAUCUCGGCUCUUCAUCUCCCCGCCCUAAGACAAACCCCUGCCGCCCCUCCCCACCAUACCCUCAACAGCACCUCACCCAUUAAGGACAUUUCAGCAACCACGCUGCAAGAUGCUGAACCAUCAUAUGCAACGGAAAUAGGAAAAAAAACUCAUUUGACGCAGACGACCACCACCCCCCCCCCCCCCCCCCCCCCUCCCGCCUCCAGCCUCUCUCCUACACUAUGAACACUGGGCCCCCGUGGCCAGGGCCCCUGAGGUGUACGUUUGUGACCCGGUUAGCUAGGACUGUGUGCCCGGGCCCUGUCUCUCCUCGGACAACCAACAAAAUGGUUGAAGAACACCGUGAAACGACAGGUCAGUAGAUGUCAGGACACGGAGAGAGAGAGUGGCACGAGAGACAAAAGAGCCUGCCAAUGGUGGGACGGGGUUGGGGAGGACAGAGAGACUUAAAGCGUUGUAGCCGAUGGAGGAGAGUGGCGGUGCCCGCGUGUGCCUGGGGUCCGGGUGUGUUUUGGACCUGUUUGCUGUACUGAAUGUUCUCAAAAUGUUGACCCCCAGUGUGCAGCCAUGGCAGGGGCCAGUCCAGAAAGAGGCCUUUGCUUUGUAAUGGAAUCCCGUGCGUGCAUACACCCCCCACCGCUCCAGUUUUGGCCCUUAGACUGAAUUUUUAAAUAGGGGGAGUACAUAAAUAUGGCAUAUCAGGAACAGAGAAAGAAAUAAGGGAAAGGCCCAGACCUCUUUGGGUCGAUCUCACAUUCAAUAAGCAGUGUUGUUAGUGAAUGCUUUUUAUUGGGGGUGUACAAAUAGCGGAAUGUUUUAUUCACGAGCAGGCACUGUCCUGCAAUGUUUGCACUUUAAAGAACAGUAUUAAUGACCUCCAAACACGCUGGCGACUUCUGUCAAGGAAACAGGUAUUAGAAUGCAAAAAAAAAAAGUUUUAUGCUAUUUUGGACUGCAAAGACGUAUAAUACAGCAACGUGUAUAUUCAAGAUGUAUUAUCCAGGGAUUUUGCCAUAAUAUAGACUUUUAUGAGCGAAUAGUAUAUUGGGAGCAAUGCUGUGCAGCAAAAGGCCCUUGUGUGAAAGCACAGUACAGAGUGUGUGUGUGUGUGUGUGUGUGUGUGUGUGUGUGUGUGUGUGUGUGUGUGUGUUGCAUUUCUCACUGGGGACAGUAGGGGUCCUUCUCUCCCUGUCCAGUCUUUCUAUUUUGUCAUCAAAGCUGCUGAUAAAUCAUCAACCAUUAGUUUGCCGCCUAGACCCCCACCACCCCCCCUGCAUAUUUACGGCAGGUCUAUAAUGGCAGGUCUAUAAUUCAGACGGCCUAUCGCAGGAUGCCAUCUAUCUCCCAGUAGUCUGUGGCGUUACCUUGUUAUGUAGGGGGAUGCACUCCUAUUAGCUCAAUCCAUCAGUUGACACCCGGCCCGGGGACGGGACACCCAGCGCUGCCCACCCUGCUCCGCAGUAACCUUGACAUGAUCAACAAUAGGGCACCUUCACAUUUACUUCUUCAGUCAUCCAUCAACACGAGUUACACAUAGGUUGUCAUAGGUACUGAUCAGAUGCUUUCCCAGUCCCGGUCGUGUGGCUCGGCUCUCUAUGGAGAGAGGAGUGAUCAGGGUACAUGGUCCUCGUUCCUGUCAGAGGAGGUUGAGCGUCUGGGUGUGUUCUGUCCCCUGUGGUUCUCAAGCCGUCAUGUGUCUCCUGGUACCUUUUCUACACCUUGUCCUUGAGAGCCGACGUGGACCUCAGGGUGGAAUGUAAAACGGGUUUGGUCGGGCUUGUUAAACCCUAAAGGCUAACUGUGUUUCGGGACGAAGUCUGUUUACCGGACACUUGCCGACCCCACUUUACCCAGGUGGGUCGUUUUGACUCGGGCUAAGCUGCCUUGUCGACGCGGUCCACAUUCUCUCAGUGAGUCCCCUCUCUUUUAGACCAAGAUGGCCAUCUUCUGUCGGCUACAUUUUAUUUAUUUUAAUAAGAUAACACUGUAACACAUCUCCAGUACUAUGGUAUUUGACCUGAUAUGGUUUUGCUUUUUGAAGACGUAUGUAUGCUAAGGUAAAAGAUUGUGAUGUUUAAAAUUCAAAGACAAAGUUGUUUGGGUAAGUUGCUAACUGUAAUAAAAUGUAUCAUAUUCUUUUAAAUAAAACUGUUUAUUGAUGCUGAGUA